AUGGUUUUGAGGCAGCUUUUCAGUAAAAACUUGUCGCUCUCUUUUUACCUAGUGCCACAAGCCACACGGAUUCAUUUCUCUCGAGGUCUCAGCAACAUGGAUAGCUCUCUAACUGCUAAGGAUAUUCGUCGGAAGUUUAUAGAUUUCUUCGUUGAAAAACACAACCACACGUUUGUCCCUUCGUCCUCUGUAAUUCCUCAUGAAGAUCCUACGCUGUUAUUCGCUAACGCUGGAAUGAAUCAGUACAAGUCAAUAUUCUUGGGGACUGUAGACCCAAACAGCGACAUGUCAAAACUGAAGCGUGCCGUCAACAGUCAGAAGUGUAUUCGUGCUGGGGGGAAACAUAAUGAUUUGGAAGAUGUCGGCAAGGAUGUUUAUCACCACACUUUCUUUGAGAUGUUGGGGAAUUGGUCGUUUGGCGACUUUUUUAAGAAAGGAGCUAUUGAUUUUGCGUGGGAGUUCUUAACAGAAGUUCUAAAGGUUCCAAAAGAACGUCUUUAUGUGACAUAUUUUGGUGGCUGUGAUGGUGUGGAGUGUGACAAUGAAACUAAAGAUUAUUGGAUUGGAAAAGGGCUAGACCCAAGUAGAGUGCUCCCAUUUGGAAUGUCUGAUAACUUCUGGGAGAUGGGCGAUACUGGGCCAUGCGGACCUUGCAGUGAGAUCCAUUAUGAUCGCAUUGGUGGGCGUGACGCUAAGGCGUUAGUAAACAUGGAUGACCCCACAGUGCUCGAAAUCUGGAAUCUUGUAUUUAUUCAAUUCAAUAGGGAAAAUGACGGAACCCUGAAAACUCUCCCAAGCCAGCAUGUGGACACUGGGAUGGGACUGGAGCGUCUGGUCUCCAUCAUACAGGGGAAGAUGUCAAACUAUGACACAGACUUGUUUACUCCAUUCUUUGACAAAAUUCAUCAGGCAACAGGGGUGAAGCCGUAUGGUGGGCAGGUUGGGCUAGCCGAUCAGAAUGGCAUUGACAUGGCAUACAGAGUUGUAGCUGAUCACAUCAGGACACUAACAGUAGCGAUGGCUGAUGGGGGCAAGCCAGACAACGUAGGGCGUGGGUAUGUUUUAAGAAGAAUUUUAAGACGCUGCAUCCGGUACUCCAUUGAGAAGUUGAAUGCUUCACCUGGUUUCACCGCAUCUUUAGUAUCUGUUGUUAUUGACACCUUGGGUGAGUUUUUCCCUGAGUUGAAUAAAAGUCCCCAGCAGGUGAUGGAUGUUAUUCACGAAGAAGAAGUGCAAUUCCUUAAGACUCUGGCAAGAGGUCGCCGACUGUUUGAAAGGACGGCCAGCAAGAUAACUGAUGGCACAAUUCCAGGAGAUGUUGCCUGGAGACUGUAUGACACUUAUGGUUUCCCUGUGGACUUGACAGAACUCAUGGCAGAGGAAAGGGGCCUGAGGGUAGAUAUGGAGAAGUAUGAAGAAGCUAAGAGACGUGCCCAGGAGAUAGCUCGUGGGAAGGAUUCUGCUAGUGAUGACGCCAUUACCUUGGAUGUUCAUCUGUUGGACAAACUUCAAAAUGUGAUGAAUCUACCACCAACCAUAGAUCUACCCAAGUACAGCUACUCGUCAGAUGCUCUAGGCAGCUAUGUUUUCCAGCCAGUUAGUGGUACAAUCAAGGCCUUACUACACGAGAAAGAAUUUGUGAAUGAGGUUCCUGGAGGGGAGCACUGUGGCAUAAUUCUCGACCAGACAAGUUUCUAUGCAGAACAGGGUGGCCAAAUCUAUGAUGAGGGAUUCAUGACCAAAGAGGGAGAUGAGGAUGUGGAGUUCCGUGUGAUAAACGUCCAAGUCCAUGGUGGUUAUGUGCUUCAUGUGGGUGCAUUAGAGGGUGCCAUCCGUGUUGGCGACACCAUGAAUUGUCUUAUUGACGAGGAUCGUCGUCGCCAGUGUAUGAAUAACCACACAGCCACUCAUAUCCUGAACUUUGCUCUGCGUCGAACCCUGGGCGAGGCCGACCAGCGCGGCUCCCUAGUGGCCCCUAACAGACUUCGCUUUGAUUUUACUGCCAAGGGCGCCAUGACACCCGAACAAGUCAAGAGCACCGAGCUGUUUUCUAAGGAGAUCGUGACAAGCGACUUACCUGUCUUUGCCAAAGAGGUUGCCCUCGCUCAGGCCAAGGAUGUGCAGGGCCUAAGGGCCAUCUUUGACGAGGUUUACCCUGACCCGGUUCGAGUCGUGUCUAUCGGGGCGUCAUUUGAUGAGCUCCAGCCAAACCCUCAAGCCGGAUACAAGUACUCGAUUGAGUUUUGUGGGGGAACGCAUCUUCAGCGGUCUAGCCACAUGGAGACGUUCGUCUUGGUGAGCGAGGAGGCCAUCUCUAAAGGCAUCCGCCGCAUCGUCGCGCUCACUGGCCCCGAGGGACUCAAGGCCGAAAAGCACUGUGAAGCACUCGAGGCUCGCGUGGAGAAAAUCAGGAAAGAGGUCGAGGCCGAGAGCAAGAACUUGCGAGUGAAAGAGGCAGGGCAGGAGAUAACAAGACUUAUAGAGGACAUCAAUGCUGCUGUGAUAUCAGCCUGGAAGAAGGAGGAAAUGCGGCAGACGCUGAAAAAAGUCAAGAAAAUCGUAGACAAUGCCAGCAAAGCGAUGCAAGCGGCGCUCAUGACAAGCGCUGCGGAUAAGGCCAAGGCCAUGAUCGCGGCGGAGCCAGAUCGCACCGUGGUAGUGGAGCUCUUCGACGCUGGAUCCAAUCAGAAAGUUCUGGAUGCUGCAAUGAAGCAGUUCAAGAACCUUUCUCCCACGACUGCUGUCCUACUGCUAAGCGUUGACCAAGAAAACAAGAAAAUCAUCUGCCUUUCACAAGUGCCCAAGGACGUCACCAAGAAGGGGCUGAAGGCAGACGAGUGGACAGGUGCAAUUGCUGAUAUCCUGGGGGGCAAGUCCGGUGGCAAGGAGAUGUCCGCUCAAGCGUCCGGCCCAAACGUCGGAUCUAUUGACAAGGCCCUGUCCGAAGCCAAGCAGUUUGCUAAUAUGAAACUACAAAAUUAAAGACUUUAUGUACGGAAUAACAUGCGUAACGCUCGCGAGUGGUCGGUCUAAUUCUCAAGUACUGCUACCAUGUGCCACAGGUAGCCCAAGCUCUCUUUCCCACGUCUUGUUACGGUUGAAAAAAGGGCCCGAUAACACGUAAAUUCUAAACAAAAAUACAAUACUUAACAACGUUUUUCUUCGUAGUUAUCAUUUUAUUUUAUUAUUUCUUGUUUGUUUUUCGAACAUUGCUACGGUAAUAUCAAUAGAGACAAAUAGAGAAUAUAUCUGUAAUACUUAAGCUUAUUAAUAACUUAUUAAUACUUA